GAUACUUCCUGGAAUGUCUGCAAGUGAACGUUCAUCUGGCUGUUUCACUGGAAAAGUGGGGGGGGGACUUUCUUUUAUACGAGAUGUAAUUGAUAGCCAUGAGAUUGUAGUGGGAUGCAGCCUUUAACCAGAUCAAGGAUGCUACAUCAGCUCCCUUGAAACUAGCUUUCUACAUGUGCUGAAAAUUAUUCUGUUUUGUUCAAAGCAGGUACUGGAAAUCAGAAGCCAUUUAACAUGACAACAGAAACUCUGGUGAAGGAUAUUAAACCAGGCAUGAAAAAUCUAAAUCUUAUAUUCAUUGUGCUGGAAACAGGCCGGGUGACCAAGACAAAGGAUGGUCACGAAGUGCGGACAUGUAAAGUAGCUGACAAAACAGGCAGCAUAAACAUCUCUGUAUGGGAUGAUGUUGGAAACCUAAUCCAGCCGGGUGAUAUCAUCCGACUCACCAAAGGGUACUCAUCGAUUUUCAAAGGCUGCUUGACGCUGUACACUGGACGUGGAGGAGAUCUGCAGAAAGUAGGAGAGUUUUGUAUGGUUUAUUCAGAAGUGCCAAAUUUCAGUGAGCCAAAUCCCGAAUAUGUUGCCCAGCAGUCACAAAACAAAAGCACACCGAAUGACAAUGCAGCCCCUGCAGCCUCCCAGACUACACCAGGACCUUCUACAUCAGCAGCUGUGGAGAACCAGAAUGGCAACGGGCUGAUCCCCUCUGGCUCUGGUGGCUCCCUGCACCCACCCAGCGUCCCAACCCAUCCUACCAGUGGUCGUAUCACCAGGAGUCAGCCGAACCAUCAAGGGGGAAGCUCAUCAGGCAUAGGGUCCUCCUCAAACCCAGUCAGUAAUGGCAAAGAGACACGGCGAAGCAGCAAGAGAUAGCAGGUGCUGCAGGUUCAGGAAAGUUUUGGAUACUUCUUUCCUCCACUGCCUGCAAUACUACUAUGUGUCUCCUUCUGAGGCAGAACAGCUGCUGCUGCUGAGAAGAGAUGGAUACUAGGCUGGAGUAGAGACUAUGGGAACAACGUAACUUUUAGCCACUGCAAUGUAUUUUUAACGUGGGGCGUUGUGACUGGGUGAGUGAUCUGGUCUUCAGUGUUUCUACUGAAAGGCCCAACAUGCCUUUUAGGAAUCCCCAUAUACUGUAAAUUGCACUCGUUCUUUGCUGGAAAUCGAUACAAUUGGACCUGCCAUCUGUUUACCUGAUAAUAUUUUAUUCCUGUCCAUUAUCUUCGCAGAGAAUAAGCUCCUGUGAGUUGGGCAUGUGUCCUUGCAUUUAGUCUUUUUUGUUUAGGUCUGCACCCCUUAAGACUCUUUACUCUGGAUUUUUAGUCUAUGAAUUGGAAUGAAUAUGGUUCAUAACCUUCCUAGGAUGUCCCAUACUGAGGAAGUGCAGCUGGGCAACAAGGACUGAUGCCGUGCUUUCCCAGACAGCCUUAGAACUGGCCAAUGAGAGAGGACUGUCAUUUCCCCAAACGUGACACUAGAGUUUACAGCAAACUUUAGAGAAGUUUCUGAAAAUGACAUGGUAAAAGUACAGCAAAACUGACAAGAAAUUAAUCCUUGUUUUAAAAUCCUAGCUUUUACUUGUUAUGAAAGAUAAUGGUUUUUCAAAAUUGAUUAUUGUGCUGAGAUCUUGAGAUCUGUUUUAUAUUCCAGUACAGUUUGCUUGACAUCAGAGGCUGAUUAGAUUAAGCUUCCUGGCUACAGGUCACUGCUCCUAUUUUGGGUCUUCUUUGCAGACCCAGCCAAGUGAAAGAUAUUGCCUGUUCAUCUUUGAACUUGAAGCCCUGUGCAGACUAAGAAAGCCAAUUAGAAUCCUUCUGACAUUGUAUAAGAGUCUUAUGGGGCAUUUGUCAUGUAUAUUUUCAUUUAAUACCUCUUUCCCAUAUGCAUACUUAGAAAACAUAAGGGGCUGUCCUAGGCCAAAGUUCUAGGGCUUUACCCUGAAACUGUUGCCAAAGUUAAAACCAUUUUAAUGCCAAUAAAAGGUCAAAAUAAAUGUC